GCGCGGAGCCCGGAGCCUGGAGCCCGGAGCCGGCAGGCAGCCCGCGGCCGGUCGGCAUCAGGUGGCGGCGGGGAUGCGGGACCGGCUGGCUGAGCUGCGGGCGUGUAAGACGAGCGAAGAUGAGCCGCCGAGCGUGGUGUUGGUUGAGAAGGAACAUUUUAUGGACGAUUUCUUCCACCAGGUGGAGGAGAUCAGACACAAUAUCUCGAAGAUCUCGGGGCACGUGGAAGAAGUGAAGAAAAACCACAGCAUCAUCCUCUCCGCGCCCAACCCUGAGGGAAAGAUAAAAGAGGAGCUUGAAGAGCUGAACAAAGAAAUCAAGAAAACGGCAAAUAAAGUCCGAGCCAAGUUGAAGUCCAUUGAACAGAGUUUCGACCAGGACGAGAGCAGCGGCCGCACAUCAGUGUCCCUCCGGAUCCGGAGGACUCAGCACUCUGUGCUGUCGAGGAAGUUUGUGGAAGUCAUGACUGAGUACAAUGAGGCCCAGACAGUGUUUCGGGAGCGCAGCAAAGGGCGCAUUCGACGCCAGCUGGAGAUCACUGGGAAGACAACCACAGACCAGGAACUGGAGGACAUGCUGGAGAGCGGGAGCCCGUCUAUCUUCACGGCUGACAUCAUCUCGGACUCGCAGUUGACCAGGCAGGCGCUUAACGAGAUCGAGUUGCGUCACCAGGACAUCCUGAAGCUGGAGAGCACUAUCCGCGAGCUGCACGACAUGUUCUUGGACAUGGCCAUGUUCGUGGAGACGCAGGGUGAGAUGAUCAACAACAUUGAGAAGAAUGUGAUGAACGCCUCAGAGUAUGUGGAGCACGCCAAGGAGGAGACCAAGAAGGCUGUCCGCUUCAAGAGCAAGGCGCGCAGGAAAAUCACAUUCAUCGUCAUCUGUGUAAUUAUCCUGCUUCUGAUCCUGGGCAUCGUCCUGGCAGCCACAUUGUCAUAGCCUUCACCCCUGGACGCAGGAGUUGGCUGUCCGUGCCUGCCACUUGCCAUGGCUGGGUCCUUGAUGCCCUAAAUCUGCCUCUCUACCAGGAAUCCCGAGCAACCCCACACGUGGGGGUCUCCUCACUGAGACUGGAUCUGGGUGGGGUGACUGGGAGG